ACAUGGAUUUCAUUGUGGCAGCAUCCAACCUCCGGGCCGAAAACUAUGGCAUUUCCCCUGCAGACCGGCAUAAGAGCAAACUGAUUGCAGGCAAGAUCAUCCCAGCCAUUGCAACCACCACAUCAGCUGUAGCUGGCCUUGUGUGUCUUGAGCUGUACAAGGUGGUUCAGGGCCACCAACAACUGGAGUCUUAUAAAAACAGUUUUAUCAACCUGGCUCUGCCUUUCUUUAGCUUGUCUGCACCUCUGGCUCCAGCAUAUCAACAGUACUAUGAUCAGAAGUGGACAUUGUGGGAUCGCUUUGAUGUGCAGGGACUACAACCUAGCGGUGAGGAGAUGACUCUCCAGCAGUUUCUAGACUACUUUAAGCACUGUCCAUCUCACAGUCACCACUCCUAUCUCUUCUCACCUCUGCAGACCGAGCACAAGCUGGAAAUCACCAUGCUGUCCCAGGGUGUGUCCAUGCUUUAUUCCUUCUUUAUGCCGGCCACCAAGCUCAAGGAACGGUUGGAUCAGCCGAUGACAGAGAUCGUGAGCUGUGUGUCAAAUCGAAAACUGGGCCAUCACGUGAAGUCCCUUGUGUUUGAGCUGUGCUGCAACAGUGAGAGUGGAGAUGACGUCGAGGUUCCCUAUGUACGAUACAUCAUCCGCUGA